AUGAACCUUUUCUUUGUGAAACUAACGUUUAUGACGGUGGCUCUUGCGCUGGCACAAGGUUUUAGCUGCUCUGAGUCAUGUCAGAAUGGUGGAACAUGUGAACUUUCACCAACUGGAGAUUCUGUGUGCAGGUGCCCAGUUGACUUUGCAGGCGACAGGUGCCAGUUUCCCAGCCCCUGUAGCCCGUCCCCGUGUCGGAACGGCGGCGUAUGUCGCACCCGUACGCAGGGAAAUGAUGUCGACUUUAGCUGCGAGUGUAAACUGGGCUACAGUGGCCCAUUGUGCCUCACUCCUGUCAAUCAUGCCUGUAUGCCCACCCCCUGUCGCAAUGGAGGCACCUGCACACUCAUUACAUUAGCACAGUUUGCCUGCCGAUGCCCCCCUGGAUGGACAGGUAAGACAUGUCAGCAGGCAGAUCCGUGUGCGUCGAACCCGUGUGCCAACGGCGGCCAGUGCUCUUCCUUAGACUCUCACUACAUCUGUACCUGCCCCCCCGCCUUCCACGGCCCCACCUGCCGACAGGACGUCAACGAAUGCGCCAUCACGCCGUCUCCCUGUAGGAACGGGGGAGUGUGCGUGAACGAGGUGGGCUCGUACCACUGUCGAUGCCCCGCUGAGUUUACCGGCCCGCACUGCGAUUCCCCUUACCUGCCCUGUAGCCCCUCCCCCUGCCUGAACGGAGGCACCUGCCUACAGCCCGACCAUACCACACACACCUGCACCUGCCUCCCAGGGUUCACAGGGCUUAACUGUGAGUAUAACGUGGAUGACUGCACUCAGCACGCCUGUCAGAACGGAGGACGCUGUAUUGACGGAGUGAACACCUACAACUGCCACUGUGACAAACACUGGACCGGUCAGUACUGUACGGAGGACGUGGAUGAGUGUGAGAUGUCUCCCAACGUGUGUCUGAACGGUGGGACGUGCCAUAACACACACGGGGGUUUCCACUGCGUGUGUGUGAACGGUUGGAUGGGAGACGACUGCAGCGAGAACAUCGACGACUGCGCCAGCGCCGCCUGUUACCAUGGCGCCACCUGUCACGACCGGGUGGCAUCGUUCUUCUGCGAAUGCCCCCACGGACGCACCGGUUUGCUGUGUCACCUGGAUGAUGCAUGCAUCAGUAACCCAUGUCAGAAGGGCUCAAACUGUGACACGAACCCUGUGAACGGCAAAGCGAUCUGCACCUGUCCGCAAGGCUACACUGGCUCCGCCUGUAACCAGGACAUCGACGAAUGCUCUCUCGGUGCGAACCCUUGUGAGCAUGGCGGCCGAUGUUUAAACACUAAAGGUUCAUUUCAGUGCAAGUGUCUGCAGGGGUAUGAAGGUCCUCGCUGUGAGAUGGAUGUCAACGAGUGCAUGUCCAACCCCUGCCACAAUGACGCCACCUGCCUCGACCAGAUCGGUGGAUUCCACUGCAUCUGCAUGCCAGGAUAUGAAGGUGUCUUUUGCCAGAUAAACACAGAUGACUGCGCUUCCCAGCCAUGCUUUAACAAUGGAAAAUGCGUUGACAAAAUCAACUCCUUCCACUGCGAGUGCCCCAAAGGGUUCACGGGGAGCUUGUGUCAGCUGGAUUUUAAUGAGUGCACCAGCACACCGUGUAAGAAUGGAGCCAAGUGUACUGACGGCCCCAACAAAUACACCUGUGAAUGCACCGAGGGUUUCACUGGUCCUCACUGUGAGAUUGACAUAAAUGAGUGUGCGUCUAGUCCAUGUCACUACGGCGUGUGUAAGGAUGGUUUGGCGUCUUUCACGUGUGUGUGCCGUCCCGGUUUCGCGGGUCGUCUGUGUGAAACCAACAUUAACGAGUGCGCCAGUCAGCCGUGCCGAAACGGAGGGACCUGCCAAGACCGAGAGAACGCCUACAUCUGUACCUGUCCCAGAGGAACUGCCGGUGUGAACUGUGAGGUGAACGUGGAUGACUGCAAAAGUAGACCAUGUGUUCACGGCAAAUGCAUCGACAAGAUAAACGGCUAUGAGUGUGUGUGUGAGCCCGGAUUCACAGGUUCUCUGUGUAAUAUUAACAUAGACGACUGUGUUGGUAACCCGUGUCAUAAUGGGGGUACGUGUAUAGAUGGAGCGAACUCUUUCACCUGUCUGUGCCCGGAUGGAUAUCAUGAUGCCACCUGUCUGGCACAGCACAAUGAGUGUACCAGCAACCCCUGUAUCCAUGGCAACUGCCUCGACCAGCUCAACAGCUAUAAGUGUGUUUGUGAGUCGGGCUGGACUGGUCGGAACUGUGACGUGAAUGUGAACGAGUGUUUGUCCAACCCAUGUGUGAACGGAGGAACAUGCAGAGACAUGACUAGUGGAUACGUGUGUAGCUGCAGGCCAGGAUUCAGCGGUCCUCACUGCCAAACUAACAUUAACGAGUGUGCCUCCAACCCGUGUCUGAAUGAGGGCAGCUGCAUCGACGGAGUGGCAGGGUUCAAAUGCAACUGCCCACUGCCUUACACCGGUGAGGUGUGUGAGGGUGUGUUGGCUCCUUGCUCUCCACGGCCCUGUAAGAACGGAGGUGUGUGUCGUGAGUCUGAAGACUACCAGAGCUUCUCGUGCGUCUGUCCUGCUGGGUGGCAAGGUCAGACUUGUGAGGUGGACAUUAACGAGUGUGUGAAGUCACCGUGUCGUAAUGGCGGUAUGUGUGUGAACUCUAUGGGUGGAUUCCAGUGUCGUUGUAAAGCUGGCUUCACUGGUGACCUGUGUGAGACGGACAUCGAUGAUUGCUCACCCAAUCCCUGCAGUAAUGGUGGGCUGUGUGAGGACAGAGUGAAUGGUUUUGUGUGUAUGUGUGUGGCUGGUUUUCGUGGUGAGCGAUGUAUGGAGGAUAUAGAUGAGUGUGAGAGCGCCCCCUGUCGCAACGGAGGGAACUGCACCGACUGUGUGAACAGUUACACAUGUAGCUGCCCAGUUGGUUUCAGUGGAAUCAACUGUGAGAUCAACACCCCAGACUGCACUGAGAGCUCCUGCUUUAAUGGAGGCACAUGUGUGGAUGGUAUAAACUCCUUCACAUGCGUAUGUUUGCCGGGAUUUACCGGCAGCUACUGUCAGCACGACGUGAACGAGUGUGAUUCCCGACCAUGUCAGAACGGAGGAACAUGUCUGGACAGCUAUGGAACUUACAAAUGCACCUGUCCCCAUGGAUACACCGGAGUUAACUGUCAGAACUUGGUGCGUUGGUGUGAUUCGUCUCCCUGUAAAAACGGAGGCUCGUGUUGGCAGCAGGGUGCCUCCUUCACCUGUCAGUGUGCCAGCGGCUGGACUGGCAUCUACUGUGACGUGCCCAGUGUCAGCUGUGAGGUGGCUGCCAGGCAGCAAGGUGUGAGUGUCUCUUCGCUGUGCCGUAAUUCGGGACAGUGCGUGGAUGUGGGACACACUCAUUUGUGUCGAUGUCAGGCUGGCUACACUGGGAGUUACUGUCAGGAGCAGGUGGAUGAGUGUGAGCCAAACCCCUGCCAAAACGGAGCCACGUGCACAGACUACCUGGGAGGAUACAGCUGUGAGUGUCUUCCUGGUUAUCAUGGUGCAAACUGUUCGAAGGAGAUUAACGAGUGUGUGUCUCAGCCGUGUCAGAAUGGCGGGACAUGCAUAGAUCUCAUCAACACCUACAAAUGCUCAUGCCCCAGAGGAACACAGGGUGUUCACUGUGAAAUCGACAUCGAUGACUGCUCCCCCGCGGCGGAUCCGUUAACGGGCGAACCACGCUGUUUUAACGGGGGCCGCUGUGUGGACCGGGUCGGCGGGUACGGCUGCGUGUGUCAGCCCGGUUUUGUCGGCGAACGAUGCGAGGGCGACGUGAACGAGUGUCUCUCUGACCCCUGUGACCCCAAUGGCUCAUACAACUGCAUCCAACUCACAAACAGCUACCGCUGCGAAUGUCGCACCGGAUACACAGGUGAGCGCUGUGAUCAAGUGUUUGACGGCUGUAAGGAACGACCCUGCAGAAAUGGAGGAACCUGUGCUGUUGCCAGCAACACACCACAUGGAUACAUCUGUAAAUGCCCACAGGGUUACUCAGGUUCAUCCUGUGAGUACGAUGCUCGUUCGUGUGGUACGCUGCGCUGCCGCAACGGUGGGACCUGCGUGUCCGGGCACCUGAGCCCACGCUGCCUGUGCCCGCCCGGGUACAGCGGGCACGAGUGCCAGACCCGGCUGGACUCCCCCUGUCUCACCAACCCCUGCUACAACGGUGGCACCUGCCAACCUUCUUCAGAAGCUCCGUUCUACCGUUGCUCGUGCCCGGCCAAUUUUAACGGUCUUCUGUGCCACAUCCUGGACUACUCCUUCACGGGUGGGCGCGGUCGGGACAUAGACCCACCGCCAGAGGUGGAGUCUCGCUGCGAGGUGCCUCAGUGUGAGGGGCGCGGUGGAAACGCCAUCUGUGAUUCGAUGUGUAACAACCACGCCUGUGGGUGGGAUGGUGGUGACUGUUCACUGAAUUUCGAUGACCCGUGGCACAACUGCAAGGCCGCAUUGCAGUGUUGGCGAUACUUCAAUGAUGGGAAAUGUGACGAACAGUGUGCCAGCGCCGGGUGUCUUUACGACGGCUUUGACUGCCAGAGAACAGAGGGCCAGUGCAAUCCUCUGUAUGAUCAGUACUGUAAGGAUCACUAUGCUGACGGUCACUGUGACCAGGGCUGUAAUAACCUCGAGUGUGAGUGGGACGGCUUGGACUGCGCCAACGAUGUUCCUCAGAAACUUGCGGAGGGAAGUCUGGUCCUUGUGGUCCACAUUGUUCCAUCAGAACUUCGGAACCGUUCCUCAGCGUUCCUGAGAGAGCUGAGCAGCCUUUUACACACAAACGUGGUAUUUCGACGAGAUGCCAACGGAGAACCGCUCAUUUUUCCAUAUUACGGCAACGAACAUGAGCUGAGCAAACACAAGCGCUCCAGCCAUGACUGGACAGACCCCACCCAGCUCCUCCAGCGCGCCAGGAGAAGCCUCUCGUCCGUCAUGAACCUCCGCGUACGACGAGAACUCGACCAAAUGGACAUCAAAGGGUCUAUAGUGUAUCUGGAGAUUGAUAACCGGCAGUGCAUUCAGCAGUCCACGGAGUGUUUCCAGAGUGCCACUGAUGUGGCCGCAUUCCUCGGAGCCCUGGCCUCCAGUGGCAACCUCAACGUUCCAUACAUCAUCGAGGCUGUCACCAGUGAAGGGGAACCUCCAGCUUCAGGGGAGAUGUACCCCAUGUUCCUGAUCUUGCUGGGUUUGGCUGUGCUGGCACUGGUUAGUGUGGGUGUGGUGAUAUCUCGGAAACGGAGGCGGGAACAUGGUCAGCUGUGGUUCCCAGAGGGAUUUAAAGUGACAGAGCCCAAAAAGAAACGCAGAGAGCCAGUGGGAGAGGACUCAGUAGGCCUAAAGCCUCUGAAGAACUCAGACAGCACUUUGAUGGACGAACAACUCACUGAAUGGGGAGAUGAGGACACCAGCAAACGCUUUAAGUUUGAGGAACAGUCUAUGUUGGACCCUCGCCAGUGGACCCAGCAACAUCUGGAUGCUGCUGAUCUCCGAUUGUCCUCGAUGGCCCCUACACCCCCACAGGGCGAGAUUGAGAGUGACUGUAUGGAUGUUAAUGUUCGUGGACCUGAUGGUUUCACUCCUUUGAUGAUUGCGUCGUGUAGCGGCGGUGGUCUGGAGACGGGCAACGGCGAGGAAGACGACGACCCGUCCGCUGAGGUCAUCGCUGACUUCAUCUACCACGGUGCCAACCUACACAACCAGACAGAUCGAACUGGUGAAACGGCCCUCCACCUUGCCGCCCGCUACGCCCGCUCUGACGCUGCCAAACGUCUCCUCGAGUCCAGCGCUGAUGCCAACGUUCAGGACAACAUGGGCCGCACUCCGCUCCACGCUGCUGUGGCAGCCGACGCACAAGGAGUCUUCCAGAUUCUGAUCAGGAACCGUGCCACAGACCUGGAUGCACGGAUGCAUGAUGGAACGACGCCGCUGAUUCUAGCUACGCGAUUGGCUGUGGAGGGCAUGGUAGAGGAACUGAUCAACUGCCACGCAGACAGCAAUGUUGUUGACGACUCUGGUAAGUCUGCUCUGCACUGGGCUGCUGCAGUUAACAAUGUGGAUGCUGCCAUUGUCCUGCUGAAAAAUGGAGCUAAUAAAGACCUACAGAACAACAAGGAGGAGACCCCACUGUUCCUGGCGGCUCGUGAAGGUAGCUACGAGACAGCAAAAGUUCUCCUGGAUCACCUUGCCAACCGUGACAUCACAGAUCAUCUGGACCAACUACCACGUGACAUCGCUCAAGAGCGCAUGCACCAUGACAUUGUGCGUCUACUGGAGGAGUAUAACCUUGUCCGCACCCCUCCUCUUCCCCUGUCUCCUCCUCUCUGCUCCCCAAAUGAGUACCUGGGCACCAAAUUGAGCCCUGGUUCCACCAACAACAACGCGACCAAAAAACCCCGAAAACCCAGUGGCAAAGAUGGAGGGAAGGAGAUGAAGGUAAAGAAGAAGAAGAGUAAUGAGGGGAAGGGUGGACUGAUGGAUGUAGGCGUGCUCUCACCUGUUGAAUCGCUUGAGUCACCACAUGGCUACCUAUCUGACGUCUCCUCCCCACCAAUGAUGACUCCGCCCUUCCAGCAGUCCCCGCCCAUCACCUUGAACCAUCUGCAGGGUUUGGGUGAUAUCAAUAUGGGAGGGUCUCACAUGGGAUUGGGCAAGGUGUUUGAUUCUGCACCUCCUCCACGGCUUUCUCAUAUGCCAGUGGUGACUGCUGGCGGUGGUGGUGUCACUCAGACGGGGCAAUGUGAUUGGCUGCAGAGGGCACAGCAGCAGCAGCAGCAGCAAGGGGCGUUUUCGACGCUGAUACCCACAAUGCAGCACAGUGCUGCCCUGCCACAGGUCAUGGGCUACCCAGUCUUGCAAAGCAGUCACCUGGGAACGCCAUCACACCUGUUAACCCAUCAAAAUCACCAGAGCCACCCAAACCUACAACACCAAAGCUCCAACUCCACCACUAGCCACGCCCUUGCACACCAUUUCCUAGGAGAUGUGAGAGCGUUAGAGCUUCAGCCGAGCUCUGGCCACGCCCCUACUCAAACCAUCCUAUCGCAGGAGACCCAGCAUCUGGCUCUGCCCAUCUCUAGUUCGCAAUUCCUGACUCCUCCUUCUCAGCACAGUUACUCCACCCCCGUGGACACACCUAAUCACCAACCGCAGGUCCCCGAUCACCCUUUCCUCACACCCUCCCCUGGCUCUCCUGACCAAUGGUCAAGCUCCUCUCCGCAUUCCAACUUGUCUGAUUGGUCUGAGGGGAUCUCCAGUCCACCCACCAACCUGCAUAUGAACCACAUCCCAGAUGCCUUCAAAUAGACUUGGGCAUUAUUGCCGUGGCAAUAAGUAAC